AUGGAAGUGAUUGAACGCAGAAAAGACGGACGUUUACCGAAUGAAGUCCGAGCAACGGAGAUUAAAAUAGGAGUGAUUCAAGGUGCUAAGGGGAGUUGUAUGGUGCAAAAGAAUCGUACAAAAAUCAUUUCCUCCGUCCAAGUCAGUUCGAUCGAUGAGUCCGAUUUUGAGUUCAAGUGUACAGUCUCGUUCCCUCGGUUUGCUCCGGAGACCCCACAACUCAAACGUAAAGAGAUUGAAGCAACGGAGGUAUUAGAACAAGCUUUGAAAGGGCGUGUAUUACCCGAGAACAACAGUGGGUUAAAAAUUGAAUUGAAGUCGUUUGUAUUAGAAGAAGAUGGUGGCGUGAAAGACUCUGUAAUAACCUCCGGCGCAUUAGCUCUCUUUGAUGCAGAUGUACGGAUCGAUGAUAUCAUCAUCGCGUCUUCUGUCGUCAAGAUGAAUAAUUUCAAAAGGUGUUUAGUCGACCCAACAAGUCAAGAAGAAGACGACAAAGUCGGUUCUGUUCUCAUCGCGUCGGUACCUUCAACCAAUUCGAUCACUCAAAUUUUCAUGUCUGGUGUGUUACAGCCAAAUGACAUUUCAGAGUGUUUAGCAGUAGCAAUGGAUGAGUGCUGGAAGAUCAACGAAAUCGUCCAAAAGAUCCGAGAGCAACGAAAACAGAAGAUGGAGCAGUGA